UUAUAAAAAUCCUAGAAGAAUCCUACAAAUUCAAACCAUAUCCCACUAUUUCUUCGAUUGGGUAACUGUUUUUUUGGAGUAUUCAUUAUACGUUCAAUAAAAAAAACAACAUUCAAAAUGUCUCAACACGUGUGAUGGGAAAACUGUGGACGCCAUAUUGGCAGGACUAAUUUGUAAAAUGUCAUGCGUCAGUUAGUUUUGUGGCCAUGUUUAUAAAGUUUGUUCAAGAAAUUUACAUUUAUUUAAUAUUUGAUUGAGUUGUAGGAUUACCACCCGCUUAAUUAUAAUCAAAACAAACGCACGGUUACUGUUACUGUAAGUACCAUUGUUUUAUGAAUCAAUGUUCGCAAUUUUUAGAUUUAUUCAAGUAAAAAAGUUUUUCUAGAACAAUGGUCGCCAUGGCGAGCGACGCCGACUAUACUGUAUUUGAUAUGUCUUGUACUAUUGUUAAAACUGGUUGACCACUGUUACAGAGAUUCCGCUAAGGGGUUAUGGCGACAUCUCCUCACAAUUACUUUUGAAAAUUUGAGAAAAUUUUGUGAAUCCGUUCCAAAAUGUAUAACCCUGCCCAAUAUGCCGCGUAUGCGAGUGCAUAUGCGACGGCUUACCCAGAAUACGCUGCUUAUGGAUAUCAGCAAUAUGGGUAUCAGGGAAUUAAUUGCUUUUCUGUUGUGAUGCUCUAUAUAGAAUGAACACGCUGUCGCAACAGAUACCUAUGUGGCAAAUAACUGGACAACUCUAAGCCAGGAUUUCUCGCAACCGCCCCCGUUACCUCCGCCCGAAGAAGUUCAAAAUGAAGGUUUGUACAUUUUUACCUUCAAUUACUAUAGAAUUGUUAUUUUUUUAUUAUUAUUUAUGUGUUGAAAUAUUUAAUUAGGCUAUUAUUAUUGUUAUAUUGUAAAUGAGGUUUAGAGGUACGAAUUUAUUGUAUUACCUGUGACAUUGAAGGGGGUUUGUAUAAAUACCAUUAACAAUGUUAUAUAAAUUGUAUUCCAUCAAUUUUAACUGUAUUUUUUCGUAGGGUAUUGUCGGCAGUCCAAAUAUAAACAGCGGGCCAAAAAUUAAACUAAACAUUAGACAUGGAGUACGCAAAAAUUCAUGACAGAAAAGUUGUUCAUUUUUCUUAAUGCAAUUUUCCUUAUAUCACUGACAUUUGUUCUGUUUUUAGGUGUCGUGCAGGAGAUGCAGCAGCAAAAGGCUCAACUGACUAAACAACGGGAGGAUUAUGUGAGGAAGGCGUCGGUGCUGAGGAAAGAGCUUGAGCAGUUGCGGCAUCAAAAGCAAGAUUUGAUUAAUGAUGGCAGUUCUGAUAAGGAACUGAAGGUCAUUGUUAAGGAGAAUGAAAAACUGCAGGAACAGAUCCAGGGAAAAAUGAAGGCGAUCUUAAACGUUAUCGAAAUGCUAUCCAGUAUAAUUAAAGAUGGGCAGAGUGUUGAGAAUUUGGAAGCACAGCUUAAUUGCAAGGAUUCUCCACUUGGGCAAGGGGAAGAUGAGAUAGGGAUUCAGCAGUCUCUAACCCCAACCCCCCACAUUAAGAAGGAAGAUGUCAAAGUGGAAGGUGAUAAAAGGUAUUCGUAUGUAUAUUACGAUACUGGGCUCCACUGGUGCCGGACUUGCGACGCGUUUCCAGAAACCGCAAAAAGUUUCCUGCAGCACUUGCAAAGCAAAGAGCACCGGGACUCGGCUCGGGACAAUGAGGUCGACAACACGCCGUGGCACAAACUGCCGAUGGAGCCCCUGCUGGCGUCGUACGACGACGCCCCAAAAAAGCGAAUCCCGAUCAAAGGUCUUCAGUUUUUCAUAUCCGCCCCGUCGUGGUACUGCAAACUGUGCGAUGUGUGGAUCGGCGACCUCCAUUGCGCGUCGCACCACCUGAAAUCGCAGGCGCAUUCCCAAAACUUCGAGAACUUUGUAGACCAAAACCCGCACUGGGAGAUGGAGUGGUUGAAGGACAGGGAAAAAGCGCUGACCAGGAAGGGUCAACAAGACUCGAGCGAUUCGGACGACGGCAAGAAGCGACGCAAACGGAAGCGAGCGUCACAGGACGGCGCGUCGAAGGAGAAGAAGAAGAAACGGCGUUCGGGCAAGAAGAAGAAGCGGCGACAGUCGACGGAAUCGAGCAGUAGUUCAAGCUCAUCAGACAGCACUUCGGACGACGACGACGACGGGGGCGGGGCCGCCGACAAAUCUAGAAGUAUACGGGUAGCCAUGCGCAACCUGCCGCAAGUGAAAUCAAUCAUGAAUGAGGACAUGACCAAGUGGAACGUACUGGAAAAGUUACUGCAGGAGCAUCGGAAGAAAGAGAAAGACCCAGAAGACGCGCUGAUCAGCCAGUGGAUGACAGUCGUGGAGCCGAUCGACAAAGAGAAAACGAUGCUCGACAGCCUGAAGGACCGGAUGAAGGCGAAACAGGACCUGGAGAAGGCGAAGCACGCGGAACUGGAACGUCAACGCAAAGAAGUAGAACGUCGGGAACGCGAGGCGCUCGAGCGACAACAACGCGAGGGGAAAGAGGCCGCGGAACGAGCGGAAAAAGAGCGCCUUAGGCGCGAGCAGGAAGAGUACCAAAGGAUCAUGGACAAAGAGCGCGAUCAGGUCAAGUUCAAGACGUCGUCACGAGAGGGCGCAGUCAAACGACCCGACGACGAGAUGGAACAACGCGAACGCGGUAGCCACCAUCAUCACCAUCACCAGCAACAGCGGAAGGAGGAGAGCCCAAGACGGCACCGGCGCGAUAGCGAGAGCAACAGCAGCAGUCGGAGUAGGGAGAGGGCGCGAGGCGGCAGCCCCGCUCCUCGCAAGAGCGACGACAAGAAGAAACCGCCGGGCCCGCCCAGUUACAAGAAGUUGCCCUUCAUCGGUCGCAUGCCCCUCUUCAAGAACAAAAAGAUCGAGGAAAAACCCGUGGGGAAGGAAAUCAAAAAGGCGGAAUACGAACCGCAACGCAAGACGCGAUUUGAGUCGGGCAACUUGGCGCGAGCUUUUAUCCCUCAACCGGACGUGGUAUGUUUCCCAGUGCUCUCGUCGAUACCCCCACUGACGAUCCCGCCGCCGCCGCCGUCGCCGAAAGUAGAGCCUGAACCGCCCGCGGCGCCCACCAUCGGUGCCGAGAAGAAAAAGAAACACGACGAGGACCAGCCGAUGGCUCCACCCCCUCCGCCGCCCCCUAAAAUUGGGAUGGAGGACACGGACCCGGAUAAACAGUCGCCUAUGUCCAACAAUAGUAUAAACGAGGACAACCUGUACUCUGAAAAUGGUCCGAACAUGGACCCUAACAUGAUGGGCCAGUAUUAUCAGGAUUAUAGCAUGAUGUAUAGUGAGCAACAGUACGAGUACCAGGCAGAAGAGCAGCCGCCUGCGCCGCCUCCGCAUUCUUAUACCAUGCCCUUGGAACCGCCUCCUCUCCCGCCCGAUGACGAUCUGGCAAUGCUAGGGAUAUGCGCCGACGAUAUGGCCGCGCAGACGUUUUAGUUUUGGCGUCUUUGUUUCUCUGCGAUUUUAUUAAGUUGUCCUUGAGUUGCCGUCAGCAGUUAAUUGUACGAAUAAUUAAUAAUG